GCUCGGGAAAAGAUUUGUUCGAGCCGGACGCGCGCCUCCAAGGAGGACGUACAGUACUAGUAUGUCGUUGUGCGUCCCCAGUAAGGAGGAGGUCGUGUCGCAGCGCGCAGACGUGAGCGGGGCGAGGUGGUGGCCCGCCGAGAAGGCAGCGGGUUUGUCAGAGGCAUGCCGGGGUUUCCAGGAGAAGCCCUCCCAGAAGCCUCCGGGCCCUUCUUGGAUGCCCCUCGUCUUCUUGGAAGGUCGCCCCUCUCUUGCCACCCCACCCUGUGCGCCGCCGGACGCGUGACAACGAGGACGGAGGCCUCAUCAUAGUUCGGCUCUUCCAUCGAUCCGCGUGGUCAAAGAGCCCCUUGGGAUCCGUCCGUCGCCGUUUCGGUUCCAGAAAGCGAGGCCAUGCAGAGUCGACUCGUCCCAUCGCGUGCCGCUCCUCCGCCAGCUCGAGCACGGGGAUGAUCGCCUACGACGAGGGCAACUGGGCCAUAGCGUUCAUCUUCCAGCUGCACGGGUCGGUGAUCCCCAAGGCGCUGGUCUGGGCCGUGCCCGCCGCGCUGAUGAGCGGAUUGCUGCGCCUGCUGAUCGACGACGAGACGGUGGCCGGGUUCGAGGACAUGUCUUCGAAUGGCAGUUCCCUCUCCUUCGUCCUGGGCUUCCUGAUCGUGUUCAGGACGCAGAAGGCGUACGACCGAUGGUGGAGCGCGGGCACGGCCCUGAUCGAAGUGCGCGCCGACUGGUUCAACGCCUAUUCGGCCUUGGUCGCGUUCGGGAACCAGGACCCAGCGUUGCGGGAGAAGCUGGAAUCCUGGAUCCACGAGGUCGCGAGAUAUUUCAGUCUUCUGUAUGGAUGCGCUUUGUCUCAGUGCUCAGCGAGUUCCGAGAUGAAACUCGAGUUCAUCGACUUCUCUGGCGUAGAUACACCGCACCUUAGACAGUUGCUUGCCACGUGCGAUAAGUGCGAGCUCGUACUGCAAUGGAUACAGCGGUGCAUCGUUGAGGCUGCAGAGUGUGAGCUCAUCAAGAUCGCCCCUCCGAUUCUCACCAGGGUCUACAACCAGCUUGGUGGUGGCUUUGUCAAAUUGGCGAGGGCGCGUCAGAUCAAAGCGUUCCCAAUUCCUUUUAUACUAGCGCAGAUGAUCACGUCUCUUAUGAUUAUCCACUGGGUUUCGAGUUCGGUGGUCUGCGCCAUGUCACUGCGAAGCGUGUUCACAGCGAUGCUUGUGUGCUUUCUCGGCCAGAUGUGCUUUUGGGGAGUUCACUACAUCGCUGUGGAAAUGGAAGGUCCUUAUGGUGGUGAGGCGAACGACUUAUGCUUGGAGGAUCUGCAGUCGGACAUGAACAGGAGCCUGCUGGCCAUUACGCAUCCACUGGCCCGGAAGACGCCCUCGUUCGAGCAUGACUAUGAGAAGCCGCUGGCCACGAUCUCCCUGGACCUGCACUUAGACUUUGAGCGCAUGUGCGCAGAAUUUGAUGAAUCUCCCAAAAGAACAUUACACGAUUCAAGAUUCGGGGAUUCGAGCACAAGGCGUUCCAGCGGCGCCGUCAGCAAGGUCGCAGCAGAAGUUCGCUGGCGCGGUAGCGAGACUGCAAAGCACUUGAAGGAGGCGGCCACGUGGAACGGCCACGCGGACGGUGGUGAGCCUUCGGGCCGAGACCCGAAGAGUUGCACGUGCGUCCCCCCUACAGAACCAGAGCCUGCCUCUGACCCGUCUGCAGGAUCAGGCACAACGGAGACCGUGCGGCAGAGGGCUGCCUCGUCACCGCCAAGCAGAAUACGAGGCACGUACUCGAUGUAGUUAAUGCCUUUGAUGUGGCACCAAGUGGAGAGUCGGACCGCCAGUCCAGCUUUUUUGUGCGUUGUGGCCAUGUUGCGUAUCUUGUGUGAUGACGCUUGGUCUGGCACGGCACGGCCCUGGCGCUGCUGUAAUUGAUACCUUGUAUUGUUUAAGAUGCUCCCUUCGGGACGGCCACACAGUAGCGCAGGGCAGACGAUGGCCACGACGUCUCUGCUCGCUCUGCUGUCCGGCGGGGAAGCUAUCGGAUUCCUUCGCCCUUGCUGGAGAAUCGUCUUGCAAGCGCGCCAAGCUCGCUCGUGCCACCUCGCUCUGUAUCCUUCUACUCCUCCUCUUCCCCAUUCCUCUCUUGUCCUGUUGUUUUGGCGACUUGGUUUAGCUGCGCUCGGCGCUAGCGCCGUCAUGCAGCUGCUUUUCACGACGGUCUUGGUUGAUUGCAUGCUCACCUUCACUGACGGCAUGCUCGUCAUCGUGUGAAGAGAAUGCCCCUUGAUAUUCGACGUUCCCGAGGCCGAGGUUCAUGAGGCUGUGUGUGCUUGUUCUCCAGUUUCUGCGGCGUGCCUGGGCCUCCUGGAGGCCACGUGAGGCCUCUGGGGAGACCCCCCUGCCAGAGCAGGCCGGCACUUCGGACUGUAAAGUCCAACGCUUGCAUUGGCUGAAUGGGGGUAGGUAGGUGGCUGCACCACGGAGAGUGUUAUGUUUACCCUCUGGGCCAUAACGCGCGUUAUGCCCCCGACCCUUGUCCCCCCCUCCCCCCCUGCCCCAUCUCGGAGACACCAGGCUUUAUCUGAUGCGUGGUCGGGCCGCUCGCCCGCCUUUGUGCACAGACUUACCCGUCGUCCUCCUCCCCCCUCUGCCCCUCUGCCUCAUGGAACAGGUACAGAGGCGCUGCCGUCCAGGAUGCCUGGCACCCCCCGCGGCAGGUGGGAGCCUCCACAGUAGCUGUUUAUCUUCCCUCUUUUCCGCUCACUUACUGCUCAUCUAUGAUAGCAACUGCCCGCGUGCUCGCGAUACCGAAUGUUGUCCCGGAUGCGUUUGUUCCCCCCUGCAGUAA